GCCCCUAUUAAACCCAGCUGAGCCGGCAGCGCAGGACUGUUCAUUACGGUGACUGGAGGCUGCUCAGCGUCUGAGAGCAGCCCGGGAACGCAGCCACCGCUCAGCGCUGCACGGAGGGACACCCCCCCCAGCACCGGCUAGGAGCCUGGGCAGAUUGGCCAUCAGCCCCCGUCCCCGCCCUUGGGAGAGGAAAAUGAAAAGUCCCCUGGUGCUGACGGUGCUGCUGUCCUUAGCGGCGGCCAAGCUGUGUCACACCUACUGCGAAGGGACCCCGGAGCAACAGACGGCCAGAGGGGUCCAGACGAAGCCGAGCUCAGACCUCGACAAGCUGCCCACGGCCCUGCUCAGGAGACUCUACGACGGCCACCGGGUCUCCUACGAGGCGCUGCUGCAGCUGGCGGGCAAGGACGAUGCCCGUCCCAAGAUGCCCGUCCCCUCUCAGAAACGGGACAUGCACGACUUCUUUGUCGGCCUCAUGGGGAAAAGGACCCCGGAGCCUGACGACCCCACAGACGGGAACAAGGAGACUUCCGCUGGCUUCGGCGACCUCAAAUACCCCCCAAAUGCAGAAUGAGGUGCCCACGCCGGGGACAAGCAAAGCGUCGGCAGCGCCUCGAGAAACGGAGACGAAGCCGCUCUCCAAAGCCCGCCGCGCUCUCAACUGAACCGGAACCCUCUCGCCGUGUCGUGGAGAACUCUUCCCCCACCCGUGCUCUGUCUUGUCCCCGCUGCCCCAUUCCGGCCCGUGCCUCGUCCUAAAGCUAGUGCUCACUGUUUGGAAAUAGAGUAAUGCCCCGGCCCCAUGGUGCUUUCCCCUCCGCAGACACCCCGGGCAGCCAGCAGAACCCCCUUUGUGGCGUAGAUUAAAAACAGCCUUGACUAGUCAAUAACACCACGAUUUUUACUUA